AUGCUGAAAGUCACCAUGCCCUCCUCGGCGACGUCGUCGCCGCCGCCCUCCACCUCGUCCACCGGCGCGGCUGCUCCUGGCGCUCCCUCCGCCGCGAGCCGGGUUGGGGGCGCCGCCGCCGCCGUCCCGGAUUACUGGAUCGACGGCUCCAACAGAGACACCUUGGCCGAUUACUACGAACUGGAGUCAGAGCUGGGACGGGGCGCUACAUCUGUUGUCUACAGAUGCAGGCAGAAGGGAACACAAAAGCCAUUUGCUGUCAAAAUCUUGAAGAAAACGGUAGAUAAGAAGAUUGUCCGAACAGAAAUAGGUGUUCUACUUCGACUUUCACAUCCAAACAUUAUAAAACUGAAGGAGAUAUUUGAAACCCCCACAGAAAUCAGCCUUGUCUUAGAGCUGGUCACAGGAGGAGAGCUGUUUGACAGGAUUGUGGAAAAAGGAUAUUACAGUGAACGAGAUGCUGCUGAUGCUGUGAAACAAAUCCUGGAGGCAGUUGCUUAUCUACAUGCCAAUGGAAUUGUUCACCGUGAUUUGAAACCAGAAAAUCUACUGUAUGCAACACCAGCUCCAGAUGCACCUUUAAAAAUAGCUGAUUUUGGACUUUCCAAGAUUGUUGCAGACCAAGUGACUAUGAAAACAGUCUGUGGAACUCCAGGGUACUGCGCACCGGAAAUUCUACGAGGAUGUGCCUAUGGCCCAGAAGUAGACAUGUGGUCCUUAGGAAUAAUCACCUACAUCCUACUCUGUGGCUUUGAACCAUUUUACGAUGAAAGGGGAGACCAGUACAUGUUCAAGAGAAUUCUGAACUGUGAAUAUGAUUUUGUUUCUCCCUGGUGGGAUGAUGUGUCUCUGAAUGCCAAGGAUUUGGUGAAAAAGCUAAUUGUGCUUGACCCCAAGAAACGUCUUACCACAUUUCAAGCUUUACAGCAUCCUUGGGUCACAGGGAAAGCAGCCAAUUUUGCUCAUAUGGAUACAGCCCAAAAGAAGCUCCAAGAAUUCAAUGCUCGGCGUAAACUUAAGGCUGCAGUGAAAGCUGUUGUUGCGUCAACACGUCUUGGAAGUGCAAGCUGCCACAGCACCCACGACAGCAAUAAGCCCAGCCAAAACCAGUCUCUAGGCCCAGAAGACGAUGUGAAGGAAAAUGUGGAGAAAGAUGAAGCGGUAAAUCUCAUUGAAACUCAGGAAGUGGAUGCUCAGGAAGAAGCCUUUGAAGGAGAGCUGUACACCUUGGGAUAGGUUAUCUCAGCCAAGAUCUGACAUUUCACGCACCAGCCAAGUUUCUGUUCAGCAAGAAAGAAUCAUAAGCAGGACCACUCUA